AUGUUCACCUGUACAUGGACCGUCCUGCACAUGAACGUGCCCGGCUACGAAGACACCGUCGCGCGGAGAAUGGCACGGAAGGUCAAAUGGCUCGCCAUCAACAUCCUGUUUCCGGAGUUCAUCUUCUCCAAGUCAGUCUGCGAUCUUCGGCUGGCUCUGGACGAACUCCGCAGGUUCGACCAUCCAAACUUGGACGGAAAUGGCAAGGACACAGUACCUGACGAAGAUAAUGCCGAACCUGUCUCAAGCGCCGAAGGUUUGGUCGUGGACAAAGCAGGACACUCAGAGCUGCUCAACCCAUACUGGACCGUGGUGCAUUCUUAUUACGCUCAAAUGGGGGGAAUACUGUGCCUGCAUAAACAGGCCGGGCGCAAAGGCCUGAUGGGAGCCUUUCCCUUUGCCUCCCCGGCCUUGCUCUGGGCCUUCGACUGGGCCAAUGAUGAACACCCUCUGAAGGAGUUCACAUUGAGACAAGCAGACAUCCAGGACAGGAGCAAAGCAGACUGGCUCGCAAAGGGUAUCUCCAUGCUGCAGAUCACAUGGCUCAUCAUCAACGUCACUGUUCGCGCCAGCACCGGCCUGCCUGUCACACAGCUGGAGAUUUCGGCAUUCGCGUUCUCUGUCAUGGCAAUCGGGAUUUACAUGGCAAACUGGUGGAAGCCAAAGGAUGUCUUGCGCCCAUCCGUCCAGUCAGCGUCGUUCAAAUCAUACAAGAUGAAUUAUGAAGGGACUGUUCCUUUUGUCCAAUCGUUUACCGAAGGUCUGCACUGGCUUCGAUCAACUCGGCGCCACAACUCAGCACCUAGAACCUUUUCGGAGUGGAACUUCGCAGGGGCAUCCCGGGUUGAGAACGACCUGGUUUGGAUGGACGGUGAGCCGCCUUACUUUUUCAUCAUGGUGGGCAUAUCAUCCCUGGCAUUCAACGGUAUGCACUGUGUCGCCUGGAAUUUCGACUUCCCCACCCGGGUUGAGCUAGUAUGCUGGAGGGUCGCAAGUCUUAUUGGAGCAAUCCUGCCAAUAACCGUGCUUGGUAUCCAGUACGUCCUCGACUACAUCUCCACCAAAUACGGAAAGAGGCGGUUGAACAAUAUCUCGGUUGCCGAGCGUUGUGAGGAUAUUGCCAGAAUUUUGGCCAACACCAGCAGCAUCGCCUAUAUGUUCGCCCGCCUGAUAGUCAUUGUGCUCAUGUUCACCUGCCUGCGAUCCGUACCAACUGGCGUCUACAAAAUCACCCCGUGGACUCGGUUUUUACCAAAGAUAUCAUGA